CCCGCCUUCGUCGACACAUUAAUUCAAUUUUUCAUUUAUAUACAAGUAAUUAUUUUUUUAAAGUUUGAAUAGAAAAAUAAAAGAUUUUUGUCUAGCUUAGCUUUGUUUUGUUCCACUUAUGUUACUACUUACUACAUAAGACAGCAAAAAGUGAACUCGCCACGUGUACGACUGUGGAACUCCCGGCUCCCAGACGUCUGCAAGCGAUGGUAGAGUCCACGUCACCACGGCAAAGCCUCCCAUUUUUAAUUUAUUUUAUUAUUGAUUGUUUCGUGCCAAUUAUCUAUUCAAUUUUUUUAAUUCCUUUUUUCCCCCUCCUUUUCCGCCAAGUCUUUUUUUAUUUUUAUUUUCUCCUUUCAUGCUUUUUGUAUUUUUAAUUUCCCCCUUUCCCGUUUUCUUCGUCUUCUUAUUCUUCUCAUCGUUCUCUCCAGAGAAACCCUAAAUAAAUAAAUAAAUAAAAAAACCGAACUCAAAUUUCCCCUCUCUGUUUCUAUAUAUAUCGCCAAUCGGUGAGGCGUUGGCCUUUUCCCACAGAUCCCGACGACGAGGACGACGAAGAAGAAAGAGCGCUUUUUCCCUUGACGGUGCUCGUCUUUCAGGUCAGUCUCUUGGCUCGGCCUGAGUCAACUCGGGGGCUUCUUUCUAUUUUCGUCGCUGUUCUGAGUUUCAUCAUCUUUGGAAUUUUCCGCACCAGUGCCGUGCAAUGCUUCGGGUUUCUAGCUCCUCGUUAGGAUGUCUGAUCAGCUUGUUUGUGUUAUAUAUUGGUAGAUUCGAUUAUGGGGUCUGUUUGGUUUCUGAGAAAUUGGUGGGGGAUGAGAGGCGAUACUGAAGAAAGUGGGAUUUUUUGGUGUCCUUUUGUUUCUUGUGAGUGUGGGGUGAGUUUCGGUUAAGUUAGUUAAUUGUGGGUUUUGUUCUUAAGUAAGCUGGUCGGUUAAAAGGUGAGAAUUUUACCUUUCAAUCAGUGUUUUUUCCGCUUCCUUUUGGUUGAUUACAGUCUUCUUUUCUGUCUGAUUAAGUCAAUAAACAUGAUUAUCUCUGGGGUUCUUUGGUCUGAUUGUGCAAUAAAUGUUGGAGUUAAAUUAUUUUUGGAUGGUUUCUGCUGUCGCUUUGUCCAUGAUGAGCAGCUUGUCUCAUUUCUCUGGUUCUUUUUUUACCUUCCGUUCUUCCGUUGAUUUUUAGUUUCGGGUGUCACUUAAGUUAUUGUGGUGAAUUAAGCAUGGCUUGAUCUUGAAAAAGAAUGAAUCUUUCCAGAGUUUGGUGUUUCAAUAGAGAAUGUUUGUUGAUUUUCUUGGACUGGGUUCUCUUGGUUGCAGCUUGAACCAUUGAAGGGUGUAGUUUGGGAUUCAGUACUCAGGGUUUAAAUUUAAACUACGUAGAGAAGGUUAUAAUUGCUUUCCGUUGGACGUUUGGGGUCUCAUGAGAAUUGUCAGGGGAAUGCAGAGAUCCUUCGUUUGCGGCGAGGAGCUUAACACACUUUGUUGGAAGAAAUCCUUCUGCCAAGGAAUAGGGAUCACUGCGCCCAAGGCUAGAACACGCGAUAAACACAUGUCAGCUGGUAUCUUUUUAUGCCUCUAAGUUUUGUUCAUCUGGGAGAGUAGUGAAGACGGUCCCUGAACUUGAAUAAGUACUUCAAAUAAUAUAAUUUCACAAGCGAGAUGACUCGGAUUUUGGUCCAGCGAGGCAGUAGCUCUUCUUCUUCUUCUUCUUCUUCUUCUUCUUCUUCUUCUUCUUCUUCAAACCAGAGCAGAGCAGGGUCUUCAUCGGCUGCUCGUCCUGAAACCCAGGCUACUGCUACUACCAACCAAGUUCUUCCGGCUGCGAAAGAUGAGGAAAUAAUUGAUGAGGUGCAGGAGCAGAUUUGUGUAGGUGAAAUCUCCCAGGAGCAAUGUGGAAUUAGUGAAAAUAAAGCAGUGAAGAAUGACGAUCUUCCAGAAUGUGAAUAUGGUGAGAGAAAUAAAUGUUUGAGUGACGAUGCUGGUGAUUGUGGGGGAGCACUCAGUGAUGAUAUUCUAGGGUGUGGAGACACAAUAAAAGGAGAAGAGAUGGCAAUUGGAAGGUCUGAGGUAGAGGGCGAAAGUUCAAGUAGUGUUCUUUCACCUGCGAUUGCUGUACGUAGUCAACCACCUCCUCCACCUGUCCCACCUCCCAAACUGUCAACAGCAAACAAUAAUACAAGGAGAUGCUUAUCUGGGAGUCCUGAUGCUGUUCGAACUGGAUCAUCGAGAAGGGCACAUGCUUGGCCAGUUGUUUCUGCCAGGAGUUCACCAACUGGAUCUAGGCCAUCGUCUCCGAGGUCUCACGUGGAAAAUGAGGGGUAUAAUAGUGCUGAUGAGCAAAAUCCAUGUUUGGCUUCCUCCUACGGUGAUUUGGAAAGGGAGCGCCAAUUUGAGAUCGACAUCAGGAGAUCUAAAGGAUUAGAAGUCAAAAGAAUGUUGGAGGAUGGAAAUUGUCUUUUUCGUGCUGUGGCUGAUCAAGUAUAUGGGGAUUCGGAAGCGUAUGAUUUAGUUAGGCAAAUGUGCAUUGACUAUAUGGAACGAGAGAGGGACCACUUUUCUCAAUUUAUUACAGAAGGGUUUUCCUCAUACUGUAAGAGGAAGAGAAGAGACAAGGUUUAUGGUAAUAACGUGGAGAUUCAAGCAAUGUCAGAAAUGUAUAAUCGUCCAAUCCAUAUCUAUUCGUAUAGCACGGAGCCUAUCAAUAUAUUUCAUGGCAACUACAACACUGACACGCCACCCGUACGGCUGAGUUAUCAUCAUGGCAACCAUUACAACUCUCUUGUUGAUCCACGGCGAUUGACUGUUGGUGCUGGACUUGGUUUUGGCUCUCUUCGAGGGAGAAAUGUGGACAAGGAUCAAGUCAAAGCUGCUAUCAAGGCUCAGCAGGACCAGCAGAUUGAUAAUGCACUUGUAGCUGAAGGGCGGUUUUACUCUGAUCUUGAGCUUACUGAGAAGGAGAUGGAACGUAUGGUGAUGGAAGCUUCUCGAGCCGAGUAUAUUGCCAAUGACAAGUGGAAACUGCAAGUUGGCCGUAAAGAAUCAUCAUCCUCGGGCGCAGAACCAUCAUCCUCUGGAGCUUGGUCUUCCGGGAGCGAGACAAAGGCUGAAGGGGCCCGAGACCCCGCUCCCCCUGAUGGUGGGGGACUCAGCAGUAGCAUGCAAAUGGUGCUGUCAAUGGGGUUCAGCUAUCUACAAGCAAUUGAAGCUUACAGCAUAUUUGGGGAUGAUGUCGAUUCCAUGGUCUGUUACCUCUUGGAAACUGACAGUAGCAGCAGGCGCAAAGGCAAGGCAACUGAGUGACCCGUCUCUAUUUUCCCCACUUCGCCUUUGCCGUUACUUACCACUGCCACCCCCAAGCAAUUCAAUCAAGCAGUUGGAGAGAAUUGGUCGCUAAUCUAUUCGAUGGUUUCAUGCUUUACCACGCUAUUUACCCUGUAAUGUUAGAAACAAAGAGAGGCUUGGUCCAUUUUCUCUAGCCGAAGCUUGUCAAAGAUCUGAAAGAUGUUUGCUGAGAAUCUAAUCAAUAAAAAUUUAUGCUCUUAUUGUCGAAUCGACAAUGCAACGUGCUCCUGUGCCAUUUGUUGCAUGUUCAUGGCGCCUUUUCUGUAUAAACAUAUGGACAAGGUCUCUUCAAGUAAAGUCACAUAUGCGCUUGGCGGCAUCCAGGGUGUUGGCCAAAAGCAUAGCAAUCUCCCAGAACUCGAUAGCCAAAUUCACUGCUCGGAUCCUGUCAUUUCAACAAAAUCCAGUUCAUAGUCUGAGCUAGUAAGAAGCUGCAACCAUUUCAACUGGGGAUCGACAUUAUUUUACCUCAACUAGCCAUGUCCCGACAUCAAUAAUCACUGUGAAAAGGUUUAACUAUCUCAGCUGAGAUUGUUCAAUAAUUUAGUAAAGAAUUUAUGAACUUAUAUGAAAAAAAUGGGGGGAAAUAAUGUAUUAUAAACAAGGUGGCGAAAUAAUGUAUUAUAAAUAAGGUGGCGUUUUCGGUGCACUCACUUUUUUGGGUGCAUUCAGUGUACUCGCUUCAUAACCGUCAUUUUAAACAUGCAAUUUAUGUCAAAAUGAUGUCAACCAUCAUUUAUGAUGUGAUGAACAAUAACGCAUAUGAAUUUGGACAAAACCAUUAUAGAUUUACUUUAAUUCGAAGGAUUUAGAGUUUAGAGAUUUAGGGUGAGGGUUAGGGUUUAUAAUUUGGGAUUUAGAGAUAAAACUCAAAAUUGGAGGUCUUGGGCUUAGGGUAAUUCGCUAAUUAGUUGUUAUCAUAUGUUAUAUAAUCAUAUUACACUAAUUCUACAAAUUAAAAUUCAAAAUCCGACACAUUAAGACUAGUUUUUGAGUUAGGUGCAUUGAACACACUCAUUUUUGUGAGUGCACCGAAGUAGUCACAUUCUAAACAAUGUAUGUAUUGUAACAAUUCUAAAAAGCAACUAUAACUUCCAAAUUAUUACUAAAUAUUUUAGUUUUGUAUAUAUUAAAUUAUCAUUUUUUUUAUUUCAACUAUCACCCAUUUAUAUUUUACAAAUUUUAUUCCUUAUUUAUAUUUAAUAUCCUACUAAACAAUCAUUUAUAAACUGAUUGCCUAUUC